UAUUUUUGGAAAGUGUGACCGGCUUCAAACGCAUAAUUGAGUUUAUGUUACUCUUUUUAGCCUUUCGUAUUCUGCAUUUUUUUGUUACUCAUCGCAUAAGCGGCAUUUUCGAUUCUGGCCAUAUCGACUCUGUUAGAGUUGAAGCCAUUCUCACAAAGAAGUUAUCGCGUCUCAUUUUGUCGCGCGGCAAACGUUUCCGUGUCCAGUGUGCAGGAGCCAUAUUUCAUUAGUUUAUAUAGUUCAUAUUGUUAUAGUCAUUACGUUUGUUGUAACGCUUUUGAACUAUAGAGAAAAAUUACGGUUUACAAAAAUUUUUAAGAUUAAAAAAAGCGUCCGCGACAUUAUUUAGUCACAAUGUCAAUCGGAGUUCCCAUUAAAGUACUCCACGAGGCUGAGGGCCAUAUCGUAACUUGUGAAACGAAUACCGGCGAGGUAUAUCGCGGAAAAUUGAUAGAAGCCGAGGACAAUAUGAAUUGUCAAAUGCAGAACAUUACAGUGACGUAUCGAGAUGGCCAAGUGGGGCAGCUAGAGAAUGUAUACAUUCGCGGCUCAAAAAUGAGGUUUCUCAUAUUGCCAGAUAUGUUGAAGAACGCACCUAUGUUCAAACGACCUGGUGGUAAAGGAUCGGGCACAGCUGGUAGAGGAAAGUCCGCAAUAUUACGAGCUCAAGCUCGUGGCAGAGGAAGAGGACAAAAUCAAAGAGGCAAAGGUACUGGUUCGGCACCUUGGCUGAAUCAACAGAAUCAACCAGGUGGAUCUCAACCUGGAAGAGGCAGGGGAUAAAUCUUGUGAUAAUAAACUUUUUUUUGAUUAUAAAUACAAAUGUACAAUUUCAUUCCUAUAUUUUUGUAUA